GCAUCUGUCUUCUGUGGAGGACGUUAUGCGGACCCUCCAGGAGCGCAUGGCUUCCGGUCUGGAGCUGGAAAGCAGCCCUCGCGCGGCCAUGACGGAGGUGCAGGAGCUCAUGGCAGUCUCUGAGAGCCGCCUCAUGCAGCGCACGAAGAGCGAGGUGGAAACUCUUCGCUUGCAGCUGGCCGACCUAAGGGCCUUGCUGAACGAUGGCCUGGACCUGCGAACGGCUGCUGCCGCAGACCUGGAAAGGCGGAUGUUGGCUGCGGAGAAGAGUGCCACGCUGCUUCGGUCCGAGCUGAACACGACCCGCAUGCAGGCAGAGGAGACGGCGAACCGCGAGGCCCGGCUUACCGGGGAGGUCCGCGCCUUCACCGAGAAGCUCUCGAUCUGCCAGGCGGAUGUCAAGGAAGCCGAUGCCAAGGUCGCGGGGCAACUGGCUGAGGUGGCACGGCUCCAGCAGUCAGUGCUCAUAUGCCAGCAGCAACAGCGGGCUUCACAGCAGCUCACGCAAGUCUCACAGCUGUCGGCGGGAAGCACCACCACGGUGGAACCACUGUCGCCAGAACACCGGUACACUGGCCAGAACGCCGUGCUGCUGAGAAGGAUCCAGGAUCGUUUGCAGCGCGUAGAGGACUCGCGAGAUCAGUUCCAGCUCCAUUUGGAGGAGCGCAUCAGGCUGCUGGAGAACACCUCCAAUGCGGCAGAGAUGAGGUCCAGCUCCAGUGCGACGCUGAUGGUCAGCGCAGUUCGGUCGUCGGUUGGCCCGCAGCUGGACGAGGUGAAGACAAGGUUGGACCGGCACGAAGAUACCCUCCGUAGCUUGCAGCUGCAAAUCUCCGGGCGAGCCAUCCACCAGCCCAGUCGCGUCGAGCCGGUGACCACUCGGGCACAGGCAGGAAGUCCAGAAAGUCCUAGCAGGGAGCGCUUCGAUGCACGCCUCAGCAGAUUGGAAGACCUCUUCGACCAGCUCCCGACCACUCAGAGUGUCGAGAGCAGCGGCCUCGAGUUGAGCAGUCUUCCGGCGUCCACGGCGCCUCCGAACUCCACCAUGAUGCUCACCUUGAACUGGGUGGAUGAACACUCCGAGUCUGCGAGCUCCGAGAACAUCCGAAGUGCACUAAGGGAGGUCCCUGUAAAUUUGGUUCGUGUGGACACUCUUCAUGAGGGCCGAGGUGCACUAGGUGCACAGGGCCGGGGAACUGUGUGCUGGCUUGCAUCCACGGACACACCCGCGGCGGAGACGGCUCUUCGGCGUCAGCUGACGGAUCCAAGCAGUGCCUUGCGGCGCCUACUCCCUGGUCUAGUCGCUGAGAGCUCUGCUGUGGUCCCAGCGCCGUUGGCCGCCCUUGCUGUGGGCCAUGCACGGCAGCUGAGCGCUCGCGUGAACAACUUGGAAGAUGCACAGAGACAGCUCGCUGACAAUCUCACCAGCGUCGAGCGCCAGGUGCUGAGCAUGGAGGGCCGUCUGGCAGGCAGUCUGGGCCUCACUGCACCACUGCAGCGCAGGGGCGAGUCGCGAGGAGCAGCAGUCAGGAAGCUGGCAGUGAGCAUGAGGUCCUCUCCCCUGAACUUGAGCAGCAUCGGCCCACCUGGGCAUGGACGCCGAGAUCCCGUCGGAAGUGGCCGGAGCCCGUCGGAUCGCAUCGAUGUGGACGAAGACGACGCCUCUGUAGACUUCGAUUCUGCCUUCAACGAGACUGCGGAAGCCAGCCGCCGCAAGGAGGACGGGCAAUAG